CUGUUACAGUAGGUAUAGAAUAUUAUACUUAUUUUUGCAUACAAAAUUCACUGCCCUAAAGAAAACGAUGUCAUUCACAAGAGGAAGGAUGCACAGCGCUUCUAUGGCAGCCUGCAUCAAUUACGAGAAGGAUCUACCCAAACUUAACAAGGACGACAAUAAGGGCACCUUGAACAUCAUGGAUGCUCAAUUAGCCUUCCACCGCCCACAGUCGGCGACCUCGCGUCAGGACGAAGAGCUGAUGCAGAGCAGCAACAGAUCAUUGGUUUCAGAGACCGACCCGCUUGAGAAGUUACGACUGCUCUGUUUGUCGCGCGGCGCUACUGGCAUUCUGGGCUUGGGAAGGAUCUUCCGACGAAUGGACGACGAUGGCAGCAAACAGCUUAACUUGGAGGAGUUUAUUAACGGCAUCAAAGAAACUGGUCUCGAACUGAGCCACGAAGACGCCGAAUCUCUGUUCAAUCAGUUCGACACAGACAAGAGCGGCUCGAUAAGUCUCGACGAGUUUUUGAACAAAAUCCGUCCCCCAAUGCACGAUUCCCGUCGUGCCAUAGUCGAGCAGGCGUUCAGGAAACUGGACAAGACUGGUGAUGGGAUUGUGUCUGUCGAAGAUCUUAGAGGAGUUUACCGCCCUGAGGCACACCCGAGAUACAUGAGUGGAGAGGAGACAGCCGAUGCGAUAUUUAACAAGUUCCUCUCAAACUUUGAAACUGAAGGAAUUGUGGAUGGCAAGGUGACGUUGGAGGAAUUCAUGAACUACUACAGUGCUAUCAGCGUGUCCAUCGACAACGACUGCUAUUUCGACCUCAUGAUGCGUCAGGCCUACAAGCUGUAGUCAGUCUCGUCAUCAUCAAUACAAUUGCACAUUUCAAGAUACUACUCAAAAUAUAUUAGUGUCUAUAUUUCACUCUAAAGCAUUGCAUUUGAAUAUUUUAAAAUAAAAUAUCAUAACUGA